UUCCUCGUCUUCUCCCGCGCUUUGAAAGUCCUGAUUGGUUCUCGCGCUCUCGUUCGAUCUCCAUCGAUGGCGAACUCCGGCGUGGAGUUUCCCAAAGAUUUCGGGAAGUUGGAGUUCGGAUGCCUACAUUACAAACGGAGGUGCAAGAUCCGGGCGCCGUGCUGCGGCGAGGUAUUUACCUGCCGCCAUUGCCACAAUGAAGCUACCUCCUCUCAUGAUCGGCAUGAGAUCCAGAGGCAUGACGUUGAAAGAGUUAUUUGUGCGGUUUGCAAAACUGAGCAGCCUGCCGUGCAAGUGUGUUCAAGCUGUGGGGUUAACAUGGGAGAAUACUUCUGCUCAAUUUGCAAGUUUUAUGAUGAUGAUAUAACGAAAGGACAGUACCAUUGUGAUGAUUGUGGUAUUUGCAGGGUUGGUGGCAAAGACAAGUUCUUUCACUGUCGGACAUGUGGAUCGUGCUACUCAACCCAGUUGCUAGACAACCACUCAUGUGUGGAGAACUCAAUGAAGCAGCAGUGCCCUAUAUGUUGUGAGUAUCUGUUUGAUUCUUUGAAAGGGACUCACAUCAUGGUUUGUGGGCACACAAUACACGCUGACUGUUUCAAGGAGCUGUUGAACCAUAACAAAUACACAUGUCCAAUAUGUUCCAAGUCAGCGAUUGACAUGUCAGAAAAUUGGAGGCUAUUAGAUCUGGAGGUAGAAGCAACAGUUAUGCCUGAAGUUUUCCGGAACAAGGUUUGGAUCCUCUGCAAUGAUUGCAACAGCACAUCCGAAGUCGUCUUCCACAUCAUCGGCCAUAAAUGCAGCCGUUGUGGAUCGUACAACACUCGCAACACUGCCAAACCCUCACUGCCAUGAUAACUGCUCGAUCUUUUUUUCAAGGAAGAAAAAAAAAAGGUUUCAAUACGUUCUCGGCGUAGCUGAAGUCAAUCACAGUCUCUUAUUUCUGAAAGAAAGGGGAGAAUUCUUAACCUAUUCUCAAUUACUAGUGAAAUUUAUAUUCUUGCAUUCA